AUGGCACUUACUUCUGCAGCUGGACUUGUUUCACUCUUGGAUCACAAGGGUGCUGAUGUUAAAGCAUUUGCACUCAGACGCCUGGAUGAUAUAGUUGAUGAGUUUUGGGCUGAAAUCUCAGAGGCUGUGAUAAAAAUCGAAAUACUUCAUGAAGAUGCUAGCUUUGAGUACAACAAAUUAGCGGCUCUACUUGCUUCGAAGGUUUAUUACCAUCUGGCUGAAUACGAUGAUGCACUUCAUUUUGCAUUGUGUGCUGAAGAACUAUUUGAUAUUAAUGCAAAUACUGAAUUUGUGGAAACUAUCAUUGCCAAGUGUAUUGACAAAUAUACUAGUCUUCGAGUUGCACAAGAUCAACCUGGAGAUGCUACAGGAUCAGCUUUGACACGUCAAGCUUCUGGGGACCGCUACUGGUCAGUAAGCAGUCCAACAUAUAAAAGAUUAGAACACGUUGUCAAUAAAAUGUUCGACCGAUGCUUUGAACACAAGCAGUAUAAACAAGCCCUGGGAAUUGCAAUUGAAACCCGCAGGUUGGAUAUAUUCGAGAAAGCAAUAGUUUCUUCUGACGAUCAAGAAGGAAUGCUUCGCUAUGCUUUCCGUGUCGUACUAACUUUAAUUGAUAGUGUUCGCUUAAGAAACCGUCUUUUACGUAUUCUGGUUUCGGUAUAUAUGAAUCGAGCUCUUCCAUCGGAUGCUGUCAAUGUGUGCCAGUGUCUUGUUUUAAUGGACGAUCCUCAGGCCACAGCAGAUACGCUGGAACAUCUGUUACUUCAGUCACAGGAGACAGCUGUAACCGCCUAUCAAAUCGGUUUUGAUUUAUAUGAAAAUGCUACACAAAACUUCCUUCAACGUGUUUCUGCUUCUCUGUCCCGUAGCUCUAAAUUAAGUCAUGUGAUGGGUUUAAUUGAAAAAGAUAAAAACGCUGUGAAGGCAUCAUCGACAACGACGACGACAACGACAACAGCAGGUGAAACUUCUGCUGCUACUCCGACUGACACUGCAAGUGAUGAUAAAAAGAAGUCAGAAGCUAAGGAAGCUGAAGAGAAAACUGAAUCUGUUAAAGCAAGCGAAGCAAGUAAAGAAACUGAAACACCUGCAGUUGAAAUAAUCUCUGAUGUUGAUAAGGAGAUAAAGAAGCGUUUAAUGCAUCUUAUCAGUAUUCUUUCAGGCGACAAGGUGAUUGAGUUGCAUCUGCAAUUCUUAAUACGCAACAAUAAAGCUGAUCUUCGGCUGCUGGAACGUAUACGUGAUGAAGUACGACACUCUGUGACGCAUAAUGCAACUGUUAUCGCCAAUGGAAUUAUGCAUUGUGGAACUACAUCAGAUCAAUUUUUACGUGAUCACUUAAAUUGGUUAGGCAAAGCUGUAAAUUGGGCCAAGUUUACUGCUACUGCUACGCUUGGUGUUAUACAUAAAGGUCAUGAGAAGGAGGCUUUACGUCUUAUGUCUGCUUAUCUACCCAAAGAUGCAAGUGGUUCCUCAGGUUCAGUUUAUACUGAAGGGGGUGGUUUAUUCGCUCUUGGUUUAAUUCAUGCUAAUCACGGUGGAACAAUGACAGAAUAUCUGCUUAAUCAAUGCAAAGAAGCUACUGCAGAACCUGUUCGUCAUGGAGCUUGCUUAGGUCUUGGUUUAGCGGCUAUGGGUACUGGCAGAGAGGAUGUGUAUGAUCAAAUCAAGCUCAAUCUGUAUCAAGAUGAUGCAAUUACAGGUGAAGCAGCAGGGAUUGGUAUCGGUUUGGUUAUGUUAGGCACUGGAUCAACACGUGCUAUUGAAGAUUUACUUGGUUAUGCUAAAGAAACAGCACAUGAAAAGAUUAUACGUGGUGUUGCACUAGGCAUUGCACUUGUUAUGUAUGGUCGAGUUGAAGAAGCCGAUGAGCUGAUUGAUAAUUUAAUUGUUGAUAAUGAUCCUAUUUUACGAUGGUCUGGUAUGGCAACAAUAGCAAUGGCUUAUUGUGGUACUGGUAAUAAUCAAGCUGUGAAACGUUUACUUCACGCUGCUGUCAGUGAUACGAAUGAUGAUGUUCGACGAUGGGCUGUUACAGCUCUUGGAUUUGUUUUAUUCAAAAACCCUGAACAAGUUCCAUCAUUAGUAUCUCUACUUGUAGAGUCAUAUCAUCCACAUUUACGUUAUGGUGCUGCUAUGGCUGUUGGAAUAGCUUGUGCAGGAACUGCACUCAAAGAAGCUGUCACUCUGUUAGAAACUUUACAUGAAGGUACAGUACCUUUUGUGCGUCAAGGUGCUUUAAUUGCUAAUGCUAUGGUAUUAAUUCAACAGAAUGCAGUAACAUGUCCGAAGUCUGUAGAUUUCCGUCAAAAAUUAUUGAAAAUAAUUGGUGAUCGUCAUGAAGAUUUAUUGGCGAAAUUUGGUGCUAUUAUUGCCUGUGGUAUAUUAGACGCCGGUGGAUGUAAUAUGACAAUCUCUUUACAAACUCGUACAGGUAAUGCAAAUAUGGCAGCAGCUGUGGGCCUGUUAAUUUUCCAAAACUUUUGGUUUUGGCAUCCACUGACCAAUUUUAUUAGCUUGGCAUUUACACCAACAGCUCUGAUCGCUUUGAAUAAAGAUUUGAAUAUGCCGAAAAUGCAGUUCCGUUCUAAUGCUAAACCAUCUGUUUUCGCUUAUCCUCAACCAUUGCAACAAGAAAAGGAGAAAAAACGUGAAAAAGUGGAGACAGCUAUAUUGAGUAUUACAGCAAAACAACGCAAGAAAGAAGCUGACCGUAAACAACACAAAGAACAACAGCAGCAGCAACAACAGCCGCCAACCAGUGGAACACAAGCUCAACAACAAAAAGAUACCCCAAGUAAAGAAGCAAAAAUGGAUGUGGACACUACUCCGGAGGCCAGUAAAGAGGAUAAACCAACAACAGCUACAUCAUCUACAGAGACAAAAGAAGAAAAGGAGCCUAAUUUCAGUCUGUUGAAUAAUCCAGCCAGAGUGAUGCGUGCUCAACAAAGAUACAUAACUUUGCCUGAAUCAUCACGUUAUACAACAUUGAAACCAAUUACUCAGGGUGGAAUAUUGAUGGUACAAGAUAAACGUCCACAGGAUGCUGAAGUAUUAGUUGAAAAUGUUCUAGGCCAUGGGCCUACAAGUGAUCGAACUGCAACUGGCAGUGGAUCUGCUUCCGAUGGUGCUGGUGGCCGAUCUGAUCUUGCCGCUGCUUUAGGUUCAGGUUCUGAAUCGAAAACAGAAUUAAUUCAUGCUUCAACUAUUGGCGCUUAUAUUGACGAUGAAGAUGAUAACGAUGACGCAGACGCAGACGAUGAUGAUGAUGACGAUGAUGAUGAUGCAGAAGAUGAAGAAGAUGACGAAGAGGAUUCAUCGAGUGGAAUGCAUGAAGAAGAUGAAGAUGAUGACGAAGAUUUCGGUGUGAACUCCACCCCCGUUGCUGCUAACCUUCACGAGGCGGCGGAGGUUAUGGCGUUGGUAGUAGCUAGAACAGCAGCGAAUGAUCAUCCAAUUAGAACCACCGAUGUAGAAAUGGCUGAAGGUGGUACAACCUCAAAUCGUCGUAGUAGCCGAUCACAUGGAUCCUCUGCACCGGAACCUAAUCCACCUGAACCAUUUUUAUACAUAGAAGAAGCUCCUGAAUUCAUAAAUGUUCCUCAUUCAGACACUAAGGAAACCAAAUCAAGUAGUGGUAGUUCAACGAAGAAUACGGAUUCACAAGCUGCUGCUGCUACAACAUCGACUACUAGUGGUGGUGCUAAGGCUGAUGCUGAUGCUGGUGCUGGUUCCACGACUAAGUCAGCACCCGCUGAGUCCACGUCCACCCAACCACCGACGGCAACUGAACCUAUGGAUGUGGAUAUGGUAGAAGCUGAUAAAGCAGAAGAAGAAAAGAAAGCACAAUCUGGAGCAGAAGAUAAAUCAAAAGAUGACAAAAAAUAA